AUGACAAAACCAUGUCCAAUCUGCUCGCCAAUCCUGUCUUCAGAUGGGUGGUCAUCUCAGAUCGUGGAACCUGUAACAAGGUUUCUAAGUGCCAAGGCAGGGGGCUGCCUGGAUUGUACUAUGAUCGUUAAGGCUGUGGAAGAGUGGCAUCAAGGUUGGAUUGACGACCACGUUGAUGAUGGAACAAUCGAAUUGAGUUUGCAGUUUCGUGUUCUGAAUGUGUCGGUGGACCCUGUUGAUGAUCCAAAGCUGAGAGGUAAAAGUGGAAAGUUCACUCUGUGGCAGCAUCAAGAAAAGAACAGUGAAGGCAAAUUGACAGAGCCUUUCCUCUCUAGCCUCGACAUCGUCACCGACACCAACUCACGAGAGGCCUUCAAACGUGCUUCUGACUGGCUAGGAAAUUGCGUCAAGUACCACGAUCAUCCCAAAGAGGACCCAGAUUCGAAGUUCAUCCCAUCCAGACUUCUCGAAGUGAUACCUUCAGAAUAUCACGGAAAUGGGAUGAGGUCGACCCCAGAUAAACAGAGACGUGAAGAACAUCAUCAGUCGCCCGAUGCGGGAUCUUCUAGAGUCCGCCUCAUUGAAGCUAGAAAGAAGUAUCGAGAGCCUUUCAUGUACGCAGCUCUGAGUUAUUGUUGGGGUGGUGACCUCGAAGGGGUUAUUACUACGGUUAAGGAAACCAUUGACAAACACUGUCAGAGCAUCGCUGUGGCUUCUUUACCCAAGAGCCUGCAAGAUGCAAUCAUCUUAUGUCGAGGAAUGGGGAUAAGACAUCUAUGGAUCGACGCUCUGUGCAUUGUGCAAGACGACGACAAGGAUUGGCGAAGAGAGGCGGCUCAGAUGCGACAUGUGUACUCGAACUCACACGUUACCUUGGCUGCGCACUCGGCGUCUUCGUGCAAGGAAGGCUUUCUCGGGAAGCAGGAGUACGGCCAAGCUGAUUGGCAAAGGGGAUUCAUGACUCCUCGGGGCUCUGAUACCCAGAAAAAGAUGUUCAUCCGCACGAGAGAAAAGCCAGCAUGGCUAUGUGCAGAACCAACACCAUUGAUGAAGCGAGGAUGGGCAUUCCAGGAAUGUAUCCUACCACGCCGAAUCAUACACUUCACUGGCUUCGAAAUGGUGUGGGAAUGCUCGAAAGAUCAUUUCUGUGAGUGUAGUCAUGUCGAAGGGUUUGGCGGUAAAUCGAAUCCGAUGACGAAGACAUGGCUAGGCGAACUUCCGUCAGUCAACCCUGUUAUCAAGCCAAAGAGGUUGUCUAUACCGACGGAUCUGUAUCCAGCAUUAGAACCCGCCGUCGAAACGUGUGACUGGAUGGAAUUUGUAAUGGAAUACUCAGGUCGAGGUCUAACCCGAGCAUCAGAUAGGCUGGUAGCUCUUUCUGGACUAGCUUUGUCACUCCAGAGUAAGCCUUCUGAAUCGAACGCAACUUUAGCCUAUGGCCACUGGACGCAGAAUGGACCAAAGUCGCUGUGGCCUGUAUAUCUUGCUGGAUUGAUCCGUACCUUCCUCCCACAACAACUUCUUUGGUAUUCUCAGGACCGGAAGACGGAGAUUCCUGAUGCUGAUAUGCCGAUACCGACCUCUGCUCGUCCAACUCCGUAUCGCGCGCCUACCUGGUCAUGGGCUUCCUUAGAUGGUGCCAUACAAUAUGAGUCGAAAGGAACAUUUGAGUCCCAUGUCUUAAUAGACGAGAUUGGCACCUUCUGUACUCCCAAAGAUGACUUUCACCCUUCUGGACCUGUCCGAGAUGGUGAACUGUUAUUGGAAGGAGUGCUUGCGCCAGUGAAGGUUCUUACAGCCGAGAGGAGGGUCAAGAGACGGUUAUGGGAUGUGUCAGACAACUGGAUAGGCCGAACUAGCGUCGUGCGCUCAAGAUUUGGCGCCAUCAUCGAAAUAUCAUGCGAUGUUCCGAGAGAGAUCGAACUUCGAAAAGGUGAUCCUGGUUACGACUGUUGGGUUCGUGGAACCUGCCCUCUUCGUUCAGGACCUGACGCUCAGUGUGAAAAAUGCCAUUUCGGAAUGGAACGCAAUUCUGACUUCUGGUGUCUAAAGGUGGCAACUCGAAAGCUUCACGAUUAUGAAUGGAUCUGGUUCCUAGUGUUGCAACGUGCAGAUUCAACGAAAGGUCUUGCCUGGGAAAGAGUCGGCUUGGGAAGGAUUGACAAAGUGAAGAACGAAGAACGAUCAGACGAAGACUUGAAGUUAUUUGAGGGCGCUCGCACUGAAAGAAUUCGGAUUGUUUGAACACAAUUACCUCAUCUUACGCCAUUCUAGUUUGGCGAGCCUCACAAGGUGCCGGAAACUUUUCGGAGACAUCCCUCCUGAUUGGACGCGUCGAACGAGAACAACCAGCUCUUCAAUACUUGAUGUAUGAGCAUUCGCAAACUUGCUCGGAGACAUUCGCGAGCAUGUUUCUGUA